CCCCCGGGAGUGCGCGAGGCGGCGGCGCGUGGCAGCGGCUCGGGGCGCGCGGCGGCCCCGGCCCGGCCCCGCCAUGACCGACUUCAAACUCGGCAUCGUCCGGCUCGGGAGGGUGGCCGGGAAGACCAAGUACACGCUGAUCGACGAGCAGGACAUCCCGCUGGUGGAGAGCUACUCCUUCGAGGCUCGGAUGGAGGUGGAUGCUGAUGGAAAUGGUGCUAAAAUAUUUGCUUAUGCUUUCGACAAGAACCGUGGAAGGGGCUCCGGGCGCCUCCUGCACGAGCUGCUCUGGGAGAGGCACCGGGGAGGGAUUGCUCCUGGAUUUCAGGUGGUGCAUCUGAACUCGGUGACCGUGGACAACCGCCUGGACAAUCUGCGCCUCGUGCCCUGGGGGUGGAAGCCCAAAGCUGAAGAAAUCUCUAGCAAACAAAGGGAACAAAGUCUGUAUUGGCUGGCAAUCCAACAGCUCCCUACAGACCCCAUAGAAGAGCAGUUUCCUGUCCUGAAUGUAACCAGAUACUACAACGCUAACGGGGAUGUCGUGGAGGAGGAGGAGAACUCCUGCACUUACUAUGAAUGUCACUACCCCCCAUGCACAAUGAUUGAAAAACAGCUGCGUGAGUUCAACAUCUGCGGGCGCUGCCAGGUUGCCCGGUACUGCGGGUCGCAGUGCCAGCAGAAGGACUGGCCUGCCCACAAGAAACACUGUCGGGAGAAGAAAAGGACCUUCCAGCAGGAGCUCGGCCCGGAGCGGUGACCGGGUGGCAGAGGCCUCUCAGCAGCAGGAUUCCUCCCCAAAGGCAUUGGGCUCUUGCUUUUGCACAGUGUGACAGACUGCUUAUCCAAGCCAGAGGCACUGAAGACAAACCCUGUGAUGCUUGAGCAGAAUGGCUGACUGGACUAAGCCAGCUCUGACUGGUGCUGUGGAAAGGGAUUGGCUCUGCCCUUCCAGUAUUAUAUUCUCAAGCAAAAAGACUACUGUGGAGGCUCCAGGCAGGAAGCUUCUCAUUAUUUAUAUGUUAAUACGUUUGUAAACUCAUGUACAGUUUUUGUUAGGAAUUCUUGAUAGCACUCAUUAACUGUAAUGUUCAGAGGAGAACAUGUUGUUGGCCUAAAAGUUUAAAAAAAGAAAAAAAAAAAAAAGAAAAAAAGUCAUGUAGCAAAAGCUUUUUCCUCCCAUGUGGCAGAAGUGUCUGUGGCAGUGCCAGGGCCGGCGGGCAGACCCGGCGUCAGCACUUACUCUGGAGAACUCUGCAUGGAAGUUCUAUUGGAAAAAAAAAACAAAAACAAAAAAAAGAGCAAACAAAGUAAAGGUUGGAAUGAA